AUGUUGUUUUUCUUCAAACUUAUUAAUAAACUGGCUUUACCAGAACAAAAAACUUCCCUUGUCAAGUUUUAUAAAAUCAAUUUCAACAUUGAGGUGAUUGGGUGCUUUGCAAGAGUGACAGCAACACACUUUGUGACUAACACAAACCCAACACCAAUUGACCUUUCAACCAGCUUUGAGUAUGACAACCAGAGUGCCAUAGUUGGGUAUUCAUACAAAGUGAACGACAAAGAGGUGGUCUCGUCGCUCAAAGAGAUUGAAGCUGCUAAGAAAGAAAUAGCAGACGCAAAGAGUUCUGGAUAUUCGACUUCAGACAUCCAGAAAACAGACGAUCGCACUCUCGUUCUUUCACUUGGCAAUUUGGACACAACCAAAACUGCUGAGUGUAAAAUAAUAUACGUCACACGCCUUUCCGUUGUCGACGACAAUUUAGUUCUUACAUCAACUGAAACUAAAAAAGAAGAAACUGAUGCUGAAGUUACGAUCGAGUACGUUGGCGAUAUUUCAUCACCCAAAAGCACUUUUACAAAGAAGUUGGGUGAGAUCACAUCGAUACAACUCGGUAAAAUUGGAAAUGGGAUUUACAUAACUGAGGAUGAAGACCUCGAGGAGAAGACUGGCUUUAUGUGUGGGAAAGGAAUUGAGUCUCUCAAGAGUGCUUUACAACUCUUUUUGAGACAACUUCCAACAGACAGCACAUUUGACAUCAUUUCAUUUGGGUCACAAUUUGACUCGCUGUUUUCUGGUCUCAAAAAAUACGACGAGACUUCUUUUGACUUUGCGUCGAAAGCUAUCGAGAAAUUUGAAAGCAACUAUGGCGGAACAAACAUCUUGGAACCACUAAAAAGUGCGAUGGAACAGAAAAGUCAAAUCAUUUUACUGACAGACGGACAGGUUAGGCAAAAUAAAAAGAUUGAGAUUCUCAAGUAUUUAGAAGACAACAGAGGAAAGGCGAUAGUCCAUUGCAUUGGACUUGGCAACGGCGUCGACUCAGACUUAAUCAGAGACAUUGGAAAUGUGGGUGGUGGCAUUUCUGUUGUAGUCAGAGACACCAAAAAUUUGCGAAGAGAACUUUCAAAAAUUACCAACAAGGUCUUGUUGCCUGCAAUCAAAAAUGGGAAAGUGACACUCACAAACGGCGUUUUUGAAGAAGGGAAGAGUGAAGAAGUUGUUGGGAUAUUUAAUAAAGAGACUUUUGCGUUCUUCGAUACAACAAGUGACUCAAAAGUUGAGGGGACGUUAACUGGAAAUGUUGGAGAGAAGAAAGUGACAUUGACGUCCACCGAAAAGGUACGAGUUAAAGACACCAUUUUGGGACAAUUUAAAGCGUUUGAGAAAUUGAAAGUGUUGGAGUCGAAAGAGGAGAAAGAGAAGUGUGUGAAAUUGUCACUAAAAUACAACGUCCUGUCUAAAUACACAACUUUUGUUGCAAUAGACAAGUCAACUAAAGUGGAGACAGACUCAGUAAAACAAGUUGAUAUCAGUCAAAUAGAACACAAUCAAUCCAAACCAACUAUUAUUAGAGGAGCUUAUGAGUUUGUACCGCCAACCCAAUCUUCCCGUUAUAAACCGGAAAGAGAAAGAGGCAAAAAAGACGUCGAUGAUACCGAUAAAAAUGAAUAUAAAUAUAAUCAGUUAAUCAACAAACAAAAAUUUGAUGGAAGAUUUGAAAAUGUUAUCUCUAUUUUUGAUGAAUUUGAACCAAUUCAAAAAAAAUUUGUGAAUGAAAAAGUGGACAUACAAUGCGUAACAACAGCAAUUGCAAUUGUGAUACUGAGAAAGUAUUAUGCUGAUAGAAAAGUCGAGUGGGCUUUGCUUGAGGAAAAAGCAAUGAAGUACCUUGCUCAAUUCGGAUAUGGCGAAGAGCUGGUCAAUAAAAUCAUUGAAGAAACCAAGUCGUGA